AUGGUGUCCUCAACCUAUAACCCAGCCUGCUACCUGCCUCAAUCAUGGGCCUCGUACCUCCCCAAUGCGAUCUCCUGCCCUCCGCCGCCUACAUACUCCCAGACUCUCUACAACUAUGCAAUCUCUCCCUUCUCGUCGACAUACACCACCCUGCGCACCAUGAUGGACGCGGUCAUCGGACUGCCCAUGCUUUCUUUCCUGCUUAUACCGACCAUGUCCUCGUGGUCCACAUCCCUCAAUCUCCUAUUCUUUUACCUGACCUGGUCGACUCUGGUCCUCUCACACCCUCCGCUUCGGGUUGAGAUCGUCGCGACCCUGGCGGUGCGCGUCCUGUUCUACAUCGCCCCUUCACUAUUCUUCUUGGGCUUUGACGUGCUCGUUCCUUCUGCGGCCGAGAACCUCAAAGCACUGGGCGACUCCGCGCUGCCAUUCAAGAACGCCAAUCGAAAAAGGACACUGGCUUUGUUGCGCAUGGUGGGCUGGUCAAUAUUCAACAUUCUCAUGGGCGUCGUGAUUCAAGCCCUGGUGGAACUCCUCUUCACACGCGUCCUUGUAUGGCGCUCUGCUCUGCGCGUGACAACCGCGCUGCCCUUGCCUUGGGGGAUCCUCAAGGAUCUCGCAAAGGGUUAUCUCCUCCGUGAGACCAUUGCAUACGUCUUGCACAGAUAUAUGCUGCACGAAUGGCACCAGAACAACUCCCUGAGCCGGGCGCAUGGAGAUUGGUACCAUGCCCUGGCCGGUAUAUCCACGCCUUUCCCGCUCAGCGCCACUUACGACCAUCCAGCCGCCUAUCUCGUCCGCUCUUUCUUGCCGACUUAUAUCCCUGCGGUGCUCUUCCGGUUCCACCUCCUGACCUAUAUAUUCUACCUCACCCUCAUUUCGCUCGAGGAGACAUUCGCAUACAGUGGAUACUCCACCAUGCCCACAAACUUCAUUCUUGGGGGAAUGGCCCGUCGGACCGACCACCACUUAUUGUGCGGUGGGGAGGGCAACUUCGGUCCCUGGGGACUGUGCGAUUGGAUUAUGGGUACGUCUGUCGGGGCCGACGUCAUUGACGAUGUCGUCGCCGAAGCAGACAAGCAUGACGUGCCGGAAAGGAUGGAGAAGAUGAAGGAUAGGGCUAAGAAGAGGGUUAACGGGAAGAUAGGUGAAGCGAAGGGAGGUGUGCGCAGAAGGACAAGGAACCGAAGCGAGGAUUGA